GAGACGGAUGUCAACAGGACACCCGGCGGCCCGCUGUGUUUAUGUCUAGCCAUUCGAACGUAGCUACAAAUUACAGCUAGGCUACUUUCAGGGAAACAAGUGAAACUUUUCUCAGAGACGUUUCAAAAAUGGCAGUACCUUUCUCCAACACUCACCUGCGAGUCCCUCGAGGUUUUGGUUCCAUCCUGGAGGGCCUGGCCCGGGAAGUGCUCCGAGACCAGCCUGCAGACAUCCCUGAGUACGCCGCGCGACACUUCGAGGCUCUCCUCAAACGGAGAGAAGAGAGUGGUAUGGAUCCUGCUGAGUGGGCUGCAAAAUUGGAAGAUAGAUUUUACAACAACCAUGCAUUCCAGACUACAGAGAUUGACCCUGAGAAGGAAAUGACGGAUGCGACCUCUUCACAAGACCAAACAUAUGACUCACAAGCUGAGGAUGAAUCAAGUAUUUCAUCCGGAGCACAAAAUCUUUCCACUGCACAACCCGGAGCUGCUGAAAAGGCUCAUUUAACUGAAAGCCAAUGUGAAGAAGAUAAACCGGAUGUUUCAGAGAGAAAGGCUUCGCCUGUGGGAGCAGGAAUUUCAGAGGGGGAGUUGAUCAACAGGUUACCAACCACAGAUACACAGUCUGAUGAACCAAGCAGCACAGAGGAACAGGCGGACCCGACAACAGCCAGACUUGAUCAUGUUGACAAGGCAGUUAAUGAAACAGAUAGCAGCUCUGUUCAAGAGCAAAAUGCACCUCAGCCUGAGCUGGAGUCCACUGAUUUAUUGCCAUCCAGCCGGAUGUCAUCUCUUGACGUGUGUGCUCAAGAGUUGGGAGCAGCAGAAGAUGAAGGAGGCCAUAACAAUAACCAAGCGCCUGCAGUUGUGGAUGCAGAGUUAGUAAACUCAGAUGGAGAGGAGAAUAAUGGAGCUGCGGAACCAGUGGAGAUCUUUCCACUUUCCGGCCUUGCCGAUGUGGAUGUGUGCGCUGCAGAACUGGGAGGAACAGAGAGAAGAAUGGAAAGAGGUUCCAUUGAAGUUGAUGCACAAGUUAUUGAAGACAUUAAAAGUGUGAAACCCCAGCCUGAGGGAACUGCUGGAGAAACAUCACUGUCUCAGACUGAAAAGACUGAGGGCGACCAACAGGAAGUAGAAGAUCACGUGGGAACAACGGGAGAGGAUGAGACAACAGAAACUGAACCUCCUUCUGAGGAGACGCAUGAGAGUUCAGCUCACUCUGAGCAUGAUUUUGAUUGUAAUACCUCACCAAAGGAAGGCGCUUUGGUUGAGAUUAACUUUGAAGAUGUUCCAGAAGCUCAGCACAUCGCUGAGAUUGUGGAGAGACAGCCAGAGGAGGUCAGCUCAACGGAGGUCGUACAGGCUGAGACAACAGAAACUGAGCAGAAGGAAGAGCCCAAGGAGCUGACUCCAAGUGCAGUCGACCAGAAUACAUCCGAUGCACAAAAAUAUCAUGACUUUGAAUCGGAGGGUGUCAAUAAGGAGGUUGACUCUGAAGGAGAGAAAGUGAAAAGCCUUCAGAAUCCAACUGAUUUAAUGGAGGAGAACGGAGUCACAAAUGACUCUUGUUCGAAUGAAAAUGGGAUAAAUAAUGAAAAAAUCAGCUCAUCGGAUCAGCCCACCACAGAGUCAGGAACAGAGAGGCAGGAGAUUGAAACCGUUCCAGAAAUCGAAGAUAAUGAGAUGGUAAAUGAGGGCAAAUUUCACCACCAUGAAGAUUCUGUUAAAGAGGCAGGGUGUGAGUUUGAAGAAGAUAAGAAGACAGAUGUACUUGAAGCAGAUGAAGAAAUAUACAAAGAGGGUCACAGUGAGAUGGAGGAUGAAGAAAUAAAUGAUGGUGAGGCAGGAAAUAAUUCAUCACAAGUAACCCACUCAAGUACAUCAGUGGCACCAGUGGAGCCAGAAAGUGAAAUGUUUGAGACGAGUGCACAGGAUCUCGCAGAAGAAGAAGAGGAGAGUGAGAGAACGCCUGGAGAGGCGCAGCCAGGGGACAGCGAGGAGGAAAAAGAGGCCACAUCAAAGGAGGCACAGAAAGUUGCACAAAAACCCAGUGACUUUGAAGUGCCAGAGGAACGUGACACAGCGCAUGCAGAGGAGAGCGUCAGCCUCCGCACGGCCGCCGACCGCCAGAAUGAGGAAAGACUGCACGAGUCUGAGGAGCAACCAUCCGAGCCCGAAGGCCAAAGUGGAGACAAGGUAUCGUUGCAUGUACACGUCACGGAUGGUAUUAAAAAAUUUGCCAUCCUGUUUCCCUUACAUUUCACACUAUCGGAGCGCCACAGUAUAAAGAAACGUUUUCACACUGACGCAAAAGCACUGAGUGUUUACUAUUUGGUGCCACAACUUAAAACAGAACAUUAACAACUCUCCUCCACGUUUUUUAGCAAGCUGAGAAUGAAUGACCAUGAACGUUUGAGAGAGAGAGAGAGAGAGAGAGAGAGAGAGAGAGCGAGCGAGCCCAUGUAAACAAACUCUGCAAGGGUGACCCUGAUCAACCGCUGGCCCUCAUGUUCCCGCCCCUGCUCUCUCUGGGAGUAGAUAAUUGAAAAUGUCUCUAAAAUAACUCAUUUUCUGUAUGACGCUUGCUUCGAUUCACUGUAUUAAUCCUUAGGUGAGUUUUGCAAAAUUUGCACUUUUAAAGUUUUUAUCUGACAAGUGAGAGCCAUUUCUAAUGACUGAGGCACAAGUGAAAGGUCUGUGCUCAAACAGACACCAAAUUCUUCCAGUAAAAUCUGAGCUCCUGUUUUACAACCCAAACAGUAUAAAUGCUAUAUAUGGGAGUUUAUUUAUGUCUCAUCAAAAAGAGAUAUACUUCAGCAACACCCCAGGUUUAAAGUCGCCUGAAAUUUCAAUGAGCGCCCAAAUACGGUUAAAAUUGAGCAUAUCUGUGAGGUAAGGGCAUGUGCGAGAUGCUGCCCGAGGCCUUUGCUCUGCCGCAUGCUCAUAAAAACUGUAAUUCAGCAUCCGUGUUUGCUCCAGAUCGAGCCUCCUCUGGGGAGCCGCCACAGCCUCCGCAGAUUGAGACUUGAUUCGGUGAUCUAUCAUCGUAAAAGACCGCCUAAACAAUUUGUCUGGUGAAUUAGGCCCGUAACAUUUUUACUGCUGUCACGGUUAGCCUCCUCUGAUUCGUCUGGACCGACAGGGCUUCAAACACACUGCAAGGGAGUGCAGGAAGGGGUACUGAGAAUGUUACUAUGGUAACCCCUCACCGUCCUGCUCGCUCUUGGUGUCGUCAUGGAAUUAAUAGGAGAUGGCGAUGCUGAUAGUUGCUAGGCACCCUCUGUAUCAGUAAUCUACCUUUUAAUAGCAGUUUCUAAGUGACUGAUUAAAUGGCAAAAACAUCUCUGGCUGUGUUUUUGCACCUGGAAUUUAUUUCAGCUGCAACAAACUACUGCCCAAAAACUGCAAAAGAAUAAAAGACACCUUUUUCCAGCUUUGAGCAGAUGGCACUUUCUCACACUCCUUUUACUUUUACAGAUGAACACAAUCAAAUUCUUGCAGCAGCGUUAGGUGGAUAAAUCCUGCAUUAGAUUAACUAAAUGGGGUGCAUGUGACAAGACGAAUGAUAUUGCAUUUCAUUGCACUGCGUUUAAUCGCCAAGUGGUUGUAAUUCCGUAAAAAAUUUGCAGAGAAAAUUGAGAAAAAAAAGCCCGUCAGCUCAGUGUAGUUAGCGAUGUGAGUAACUUAACAUACUGCUUGAAUGUUUAGCAACCCAGCAGUGGUGUGUUAAUGUCAGCGAUAGAGCUCAGAUAAAUGGAUGUUUUCUGUUUCUCCCUCUCUCUCCGUCUUGUCUCUGAGGCUGGCAGAGGAGUGUGGGCGGCCGUACCAGCUGGGAUCAGAGGGAUGGAGAGGGCUGUUAGCUCACUCUGCCUCUAAUAAAUUUAUAACACCUCCUAGUGUAAAAUAGUCUAAGAUGCUUACAUAGUUUUGUUUUUGCACUAUUAGUGGAUUUUGAAAGUCAGCACUCAUUGUUCCAAGACCAUCUGGCAUUUACAUAGUAUUUCUAUAUUGGUCAUUUGUUAGUAUUUCAGACAUUUAUUAUUGUAACACGCUGCAUUUUGUUUUGAUUCUUGCUUCCUAGCAUGUAAUAUAGUCACUACAUCCGGACCGUGUGAUUGUCAUCAAGCUUCAAAUCGCUAAAAUAAAAAAAAAAAAAGUACGCCUCCUUGCUACUUAAAAGACUGGAUCUCGCAGGUGAACUUGGUGAAUGUUGAAGUCUGUUAAAGGUUUUUAACAGUAAAAUGAACACAGUGGGUCAGCCACCUUAAUGAGCCUGAAAAGAUGGAACACAUGCUGUUAUGUUUGUAGGAGGUCUGAAUUUCCCUCCCUCUCCCCACCUCUCACUCUGCCCCCCUCUCUCUCUCCCUCUCUCUCUCUCUCUAUCUGUCCCUCUCUCUCUCUCUCUCUCUCUCUCUCUCUCUCUCUCUCUCUCUCUCUCUCUCUCUCUCUCUCUCUCUCUCUCUCUCUCUGUGCGUGAGCGGGUGUUACUGAACAUGCAGUGAUUGUUAGUAAGAGCCAGUGAGGCAUCUGUAUUAUACCGGAGACUGGUUUGAGGAGAGCUUUGCUUGGUCCACA